AUGGUAGCUGUGGAGGCUGUGGUAGCUGUGGGGUUGCUGUUGCGUGGAGGUGGCUAUGGCGGUGGCGGUGGCGGUGGCGAUGGCUUCGGUAGCGGAUGUAGCAUGAGCAAACGCAUUCGCGGUUGGAUCGCCCAUGGGAAAAAUUUAGGGUUUCUUUCAGAGGGCAGUAUGGUUAGGGUUUCGGAGGGGUUUACAAUAAAUGUUGGUCCUGUUUCAAGCAUAGUUAUUUCAAAUAAAUUGAAUAAUGUAAAGAUCUUGGAGAUUUUUCCAAAUUUGGAUGCUUGCACUGCUUUUGCAUUUGUGUUUAAUGGUGAUACCACUCAGAAAUAUGUUGGUCCUAGAAGUCUGAUGCAAGAAACACAAAUAACCGGUUCACUUUUAGGCAAUUUGCUUGAUGUGGUUGAGGAGGUACAACUAGCACAAUUGGAACUCCAAAAUCUGAUCCAGACAAGUUUUAAUUCUUCAUCUGUUGAGCAACUUGAUUUGCAGCUCUGUUUCAUCAAUUUUCAUAGUGGCAGGAAGGCUAUGCUGAUUCUUGACAUGUCAUGUUUGAAUCGGUAUAAUUCUUUUCUUUUCUUUUUUUUAUUCCAUUUUUUUUUACCGAGUCUAGAUGCCUAAGUAGGGACAUAAUCUGCAUCAUUGUGUUAUGCCUAG